AUGCAAGACGCUAAGCCCGAUGGACGCAUCACACUUCCUGUCCGCAUUGGCCUCACCGAAAGCAAUCUGCACCGGGGUGAUGAGAUUUUGAUGGAGGUGUCCGACCCGGCCAGUAAGAAAUAUGGGAAGCACUUGACCGCGGAAGAGAUCAUAGAACUGUUUGCGCCUGCGCCAGAGUCCAUCGAUGCCGUGCGCAGUUGGCUUGUAUCAUCUGGCAUCGAGUCGUCUCGUAUAUCUUUGUCUCGUGGGAGAAAUUGGCUCAAUGUCAACGCCAGCAUCACCGAAGUAGAAGCUCUACUGAAGACCGAGUACAAGGUGUACGAACACUCUACCGGACAGAAACACAUUGCUUGCGAGGAAUACAGCGUUCCGCAAGAUCUUUCGGAGCAUAUUGAUCUUAUCAUGCCAACCGUCCACUUCGACACAAAGAUUGUUGGAGAUCCAGAGCAACGCAAAGAAAAGCGUGACGGACAGUCUUUUCAGCCCGGCAAUUCAGACAACAAUGGCUUCCUACCCAAGAAGGGCCCGACAAUCAUUGGGCCAGGCGCAGAUCCCGAUGUUGCCCCCCAGCCGUUUGCCCUCUCAACAUGCGACACACAAAUCACCCCAGAUUGUCUACGCGCACUUUACAAUUUUACCAAUGGGACCCUUGCCAAGUCGUCCUACGGCAUUGUCGAGUACACCCCUCAGGCAUAUCUGCAGUCGGACCUCAACCUUUUCUAUAGCAAUCUGGCGCGACAGAUUCCCUCUGGCACUGCUCCGACGCUCGAUUCGAUUGAUGGCGGGGUUGACCAGACUAGCACCCAGAGCUUUGAUGAUAACGGAGAGUCUGAUCUUGACUUGCAGUAUGCUAUCGCCCUCGUGUAUCCUCAGAAGGUGACAUUGUAUCAAACUGGCGACCUUGUCGAAGGCGCUUCGUUCAAUAAUUUCCUAGACGGAAUCGAUUCUUCCUACUGUACGUCUGGUGGUGGAGAUAAUCCAACAUACGAUGCAACUUACCCUGACCCCAAUUCUGGGGGCUAUAAGAGCCAAGAUUGUGGCAAGUACACCGCUGCAUCUGUCAUAUCCACAUCGUAUGGCUCCAAUGAAGCAGACUUGACAGCCGCAUAUGAAGUACGCCAAUGCAAUGAGUAUAUGAAGCUCGGCAUGCAAGGAGUCACCAUUUUGUACUCGUCUGGUGACAACGGCGUUGCCGGAAAUGGCGCCGAAUGCUGCACCAAGGCCAAGUGUGCCGGCGGGACCUACAACACGGGCAAGUCGGGCACUUUCAACCCAUCCUUUCCGGGAACCUGCCCAUACGUAACCUCCGUUGGCGCGACGCAAAUUGUUUCUGGCGCCAGCGUCACCGCACCCGAAGAAGCCUGCGAGACCGUCAUCUAUUCCGGCGGUGGAUUCAGCAACGUCUUCGCCAUGCCAUCCUACCAAUCUUCAGCUGUCAAAUCCUACUUCGCGAACCACAAGCCCAGCUACACGGCGACUCAAUACAACAACUCCCAAACCGUGCGCGGCUACCCCGACGUAGCCGCCAACGGCGCCAACUAUGCCGUCGCCGUUGACGGCAGUAUCAGCUUGGUCUACGGCACCUCUGCCUCGUCGCCGACUUUCGGCAGCGUCAUCACCCUCAUCAACGAGCAACGUGUCAACGCUGGAAAAGCAGCAGUCGGCUUCAUCAAUCCUACGCUGUACGCGAACCCCACCAUCCUCAACGACAUCACCUCUGGUGGAAACCAAGGGUGUGGGACUGCUGGCUUUACUGCCGUCUCUGGCUGGGACCCGGUAACGGGACUAGGUACUCCGAAUUAUGGCAAGAUGUUGCCUGUCUUUAUGAAUCUGCCCUGA